AUGAGGGGAUGGCGCCUCCGCCUUUGGCUGGUUUACCUCCUCGGGCGCCUUCUGGCAGCAACAGAUGAAACUGCGGACUUGCUGUCUGAAAAGUUAAGUGAUGCUACCUUGCCUUUCACUGUAGAAGGGAGUUCUGUACCUGCAAGCAGUGAAGGACCUAAAGAAUCAAUCCAGUACAGGACUGCAGAGAUUGCUGAUGCUAUGAUGGGUAGCAGCAUGCCUCCAGGGCAGCCUGUGGUACUGUCAGUCAUUCCAGGUGAGACAAAGCAGAGGCAAGGUUCUGAGUUGGACACUGGCACUUGUGAUGCAGCUGUUGAUGGUGAAUGCAGUAUGCAGGGUGCUGUUUCAUCUGUAUUUCAGUCAGAAUCUCAUGUUCAAGAGCAAAUAAAAGAACCACCUGUACUUCUGGAAGCUGUGCAUCCUACAUCAGCAGAGGAUUCUAAUAGCACAGACAUGAUGAAAACUCCAAAAGUGAAUUGUGAGGAAAGAAACAUUACAGGGAUGACAAAUUUUACAUUACAAAUCCUGAAUAUUUCCCAAGAUUUAAUGGAGUUCUUAAAUCCAAAUGGCAGUGACUGCACGUUAGUCCUAUUUUAUACACCUUGGUGCCGUUUUUCUGCCAAUCUGGCUCCUCAUUUUAAUUCUUUGCCUCGAGCAUUCCCCACUUUACAUUUUUUGGCUUUGGAUGCCUCUCAGCAUAGCAGUCUAUCAACCAGAUUUGGAACUGUGGCUGUUCCUAAUAUUCUUCUUUUUCAAGGAGCUAAGCCGAUGGCAAGGUUUAAUCAUACGGAUCGAACCCUGGAAACACUGAAAGCUUUCAUUUUUAAUCAGACAGGAAUAGAACCGAAGCCUGAUGUUGUUGUCACUGAGGAAGAUCAAGCUGGUCCCCUGCCUAGUACACUGAGUAGGGGAGUAGACUGGCUGCUUUUAUUUUCUUUACUGUUUCUCAUCAGUUUCAUCAUGUAUGCUACUGUUCGGACAGAGAGCAUUCGAUGGUUAAUACCUGGUCAAGAUCAGGAGCACCAGGAAUGAUGUGUAAAUUGAUAACUGUAUCUUCAUAAAAAGAUAAACUACAUAAACAUUGUACAGUGGAUCAACUCUUUACAACUUUUUGAGAGCCACAACACUGUUUUGUUGACCAAGAAAGGAAAAAUAGACAAAGUAGCACUUUAAAGACUAGCAGUUUUAUUUCUGUGAAUGUUUGUGUCUGUUUUCUCAGAAUGUCUGUUUUCUCAGAAGCAUUAUUAAUAAAUAAUGGGCCAUU